CUGCCACUGGUUCCUGUCAAGCGGCCGCGACAUGAGUUGCUGUUGGGAGCCGCGGGGGCCGGCCCCGGAGCCGGACAGCCGCAGGCGACUCCGGGAGCUUUGCUGCAGGCGGGACCUCCAAGGUGUUCUUCCCUUCAAGCCCCAAUCAUGUUGCUCUCAGGACACGAAGGAGAAGUGUACUGCUGCAAGUUUCACCCCAAUGGAUCCACCUUGGCAUCUUCAGGAUUUGACCGACUCAUAUUAUUGUGGAAUGUCUAUGGUGACUGCGAUAACUAUGCCACAUUGAAGGGACACAGUGGAGCAGUAAUGGAGCUGCAUUAUAACACAGAUGGCAGCAUGCUCUUCUCAGCAUCGACAGAUAAAACUGUGGCUGUGUGGGAUAGUGAAACAGGCGAGAGGGUUAAAAGGCUGAAGGGUCACACUUCCUUUGUGAACUCAUGUUAUCCAGCCAGACGGGGCCCACAGCUUGUCUGCACUGGCAGUGACGAUGGUACAGUUAAGCUUUGGGACAUCCGCAAGAAAGCAGCUAUCCAGACAUUUCAGAACACAUACCAGGUGUUAGCUGUGACCUUCAACGACACAAGUGAUCAGAUUAUCUCUGGUGGAAUAGACAACGAUAUCAAGGUUUGGGACCUGCGUCAAAACAAGUUAACCUAUACCAUGAGAGGCCAUGCAGAUUCUGUCACCGGCCUGAGUUUAAGUUCUGAGGGAUCUUAUCUCUUGUCCAAUGCAAUGGACAAUACAGUGCGAGUCUGGGAUGUCCGGCCCUUUGCUCCCAAAGAGAGAUGUGUGAAGAUAUUUCAAGGAAAUGUGCACAACUUUGAAAAGAACCUCCUCCGGUGUUCUUGGUCACCUGAUGGAAGCAAGAUAGCUGCUGGCUCAGCAGACAGGUUUGUGUACGUAUGGGACACCACCAGCAGAAGGAUCCUGUAUAAGCUGCCUGGCCAUGCUGGCUCCAUCAAUGAAGUGGCUUUCCACCCUGACGAGCCUAUCAUCCUCUCAGCAUCCAGUGAUAAGAGGCUGUAUAUGGGUGAGAUCCAGUGAAGAUGUGGAUGGAAGGCUCCCAGGCUGUGUGACCUGAGACUCCAGCUGCACGACUGGCCAGAGUCAGAUGGUGUCCCGGCUGAUCUGCCUUCAGAUGACAGUCACUAGCAAGCAGCUGGGGGUGAUGGCCAUACUCCAGCAACCACUUGUACCCCAUUUACCAGAACAACUGUGGCCUCUGGUACCACUUGCCAGAUUUCAGGGAUUGGUCUCUUUUUAAAAAAUAAGAUUUCUUCAGAGGGACAAACAUUAGUUUGAGGUCUCCUGUUUUUUAAUCUAUGCUGGAGACAGGAAAUGUCAAUUGAAAUGUGUUAGUUGGAUUUGUUUUCUGUUUUAUUUUAAAUUGAGUAACUGGCUUGUAUAUUUUUCUUUCUGUGUUUGAGUAUUUUGUAUUAAAAAUCCAAACAGAUACCUUUUUGCAAGAA